CUSAACUUUUCAUUUCUCUUCUUAGGAGAGAAAAAGUCACGUUUUUUUCACGGAAAGAAAAGCUUUUCCUUAAACUUUUGCGGUCAGUAAUAAUCGUUAUCGAACUAGAUCAAAUUGUAUUUAGCAAAAAUUAACUUCAGGUACUGCUGAGGUAUAAAGAAUCCUCUAUUUUAGUUUGAUGAGCCCGGUAGAUGUCCUCAGUUGAGCAAGACCCAUCCACCAUCUCGCCUCCUGCGAAGCGUCCAAGAACUUCUGACAACCUUCAGCUCAGUAAUUCAACCGGGAACUCUCUGAACUCCAACAGCCACUCACUAGAAGCAAUCGAAAUGUCAGACAAUCACGGUGAAAAGAUGGAUAUUGACGAAGGUCUUUAUUCCAGACAACUGUAUGUACUGGGGCAUGAUGCAAUGAAGAAGAUGGCUUCAUCCAAUGUUCUUAUUUCAGGCCUGAAAGGGCUGGGAGUUGAGAUAGCAAAAAAUGUUGUCCUUGGAGGCGUAAAGUCUGUUACACUUCAUGACGAUGGAAAUGUGGAAAUGACAGACUUGAGCUCACAGUUUUUCUUCAAACCAGAAGACAUUGGAAAGAAUAGGGCUGAAGCAUGUUGUUCACAAAUAGCAGAACUCAACUCCUAUGUCCCAAUAUCUGUUCAAACCCAGAAGUUAAAUGAAGAAUUUGUCAAACAAUUCCAGGUUGUCGUUCUGACGGAAUCAUCUUUAGAUGAACAGCUUUGGGUCAGUGAUUUCUGUCAUGCCAAAGGAAUUAAGAUCAUCAUUGCCUCUACUAAGGGUUUAUUUGGCCAAGUCUUCUGUGAUUUUGGUGAAGCUUUCACAGUCGUUGAUACCAAUGGAGAACAACCUGGAAUCAACAUGAUCUCGUCCAUUACUAAGGAGGAAGAUGGUGUAGUGACAUGCUUAGAUGAAAAACGUCAUGGCUUUGAAACAGGUGACUAUGUCACUUUUACUGAAAUCAAGGGAAUGACAGAACUUAAUGACUGUGAGGCUAGGCCCAUCAAGGUCUUAGGUCCCUAUACUUUUAGUAUUGGUGAUACUAGGAGUUACUCUGAUUAUGUAAGUGGUGGUAUAGUACAACAGGUGAAGAUGCCCAAGACAAUCAAAUUUAAAUCUUUCAGACAGUCACUAAUGGAACCAGAAUUUGUCAUAACAGACUUUGCAAAAAUGGAUCGACCUGGCCAACUGUUGCUUGCAUUCUUGUGUUUAUCUGAGUAUUUGAAAAGGCAUUCUCAAUCUCCAAGACCCAGAAAUAAGGAAGAUCAAGAAAAGUUUGUUGCAUUGGCCAAAGAACUAAAUGGAAAUAUCUGUGCAAAGGUUGAUGAAGUUGAUAGCAAACUGUUAGCCCAAUUUGCAGACAGUGCAAGGGGUGAUCUUUGUCCAAUGCAAGGCUUCAUAGGAGGAAUUACUGCACAAGAAGUUAUGAAAGCAUGUAGUGGUAAAUUCUAUCCUAUCUUCCAACACCUAUACUUUGACAGUCUGGAAUGUCUUCCAGAGGAUGGAGAAGUCCCAGAGGACCAAUGUCAACCAACUGGAUCUAGAUAUGAUGCUCAGGUAGCAGUCUUUGGAAAGGACUUUCAGAAUAAGCUUGGGGCACAGAAAUACUUCAUUGUUGGUGCUGGUGCUAUAGGCUGUGAACAUCUUAAAAACUUUGCAAUGAUGGGCCUUGGAGCUGGGGAAGGUGGCAAUAUCUACGUUACUGAUAUGGAUAUUAUAGAGAAGUCCAACCUAAACAGACAGUUCUUGUUUAGACCAGCCAAUGUUGGAAAAAUGAAGUCAGAAGUUGCAGCAAAAGCAGCUAAGGCAAUGAAUCCAAAUUUGAAUAUUACUUCACAUCAGAACAGAGUUGGACCAGAUACAGAGAGGGUAUAUGAUGACAAUUUCUUUGAAGCCUUGAAUGGGGUUACAAAUGCACUAGACAACAUUGAYGCAAGAAUGUAUAUGGACAGGAGAUGUGUUUACUACCGUAAACCAUUGCUUGAAUCCGGAACUUUGGGUACAAAGGGCAAUGUCCAGGUUGUGCUUCCCUUCCUCACAGAGUCCUACACCUCUUCUCAAGACCCACCAGAGAAGUCCAUUCCAAUAUGUACCCUUAAGAACUUCCCUAAUGCCAUUGAGCACACACUUCAGUGGGCUCGUGAUUGCUUUGAAGGUCUCUUUACGAUUCCAGCUGAAAAUGUCAAUCAAUAUAUCAAUGACCCCAAGUUUAUAGAAAGAACAGAUAAACUUCCUGGAAUGCAAGCAGUAGAAAUAUAUGAGCAGAUCAAAAAGGCUUUGGUUGAAGACAGGCCCAAAACCUUUGCCGACUGUGUUGUCUGGGCAAGACUGCUUUUCCAGGAAUAUUUCCAUGACACUAUAAAACAGCUGCUCUAUAAUUUCCCAYAUGACCAGGUAACAAGUUCUGGCCAGCCCUUCUGGUCUGGGCCCAAACGUUGUCCACAUCCCAUUACCUUUGAUCCAAGAGAGCCUACACACAUGGAUUUUCUUGUUGCUGCUUCAAAUCUGAGGGCUUACAUGUUUAGAUUAAUAGGAUCCCGGGACACUACAUUCAUCCUAGAUACCCUGAAAAACAUCAAAGUCUCUGAAUUCGUACCUAAAUCAGGAAUAAAGAUUGCAACAAGUGAACAGGAAGCAGAGGCAGAAAGAAAUGCUUCAGGUGAUAUUGACAUUGAUGAAAUAAAGAAUGGCAUACCACCCCCAGCUGAUGUCAAAAAUCUCAAAAUGAAUCCAGUAGAAUUUGAAAAGGAUGAUGACAGCAACUUCCACAUGGACUUCAUUGUCGCUACAUCAAACUUACGGGCAGAAAAUUAUAGCAUCCCACCAGCAGACAGGCAUAAGAGCAAAUUAAUUGCAGGGAAAAUUAUCCCAGCAAUUGCAACUACAACCGCCAUUGUGAGCUCACUUGUCUCUCUAGAGUUAUACAAGUUGGUUCAAGGGAGUAAAAAGCUAGAGACGUUCAAAAAUGGCUUUGUGAACCUUGCUUUACCUUUCUUUGGAUUUUCUGAGCCAAUUGGGGCUCCAAAAAACAAGUACUAUGACACAGAGUUUACUUUGUGGGAUCGCUUUGAAGUACAAGGAAUCAAAGAAAAUGGUGAAGAAAUGACCCUGAAAGAAUUAAUUGAUUACUUCAAGGAAAAACAUCGACUUGAAGUUACGAUGCUGUCACAAGGCGUUUGUAUGCUGUACUCAUUUUUCAUGCCUCCAGCAAAACUCAAAGAAAGGCUGGCGCUAAGGGUAAGUGAAGCUGUGGUUAAGGUUUCCAAGAAGAAGAUUAAACCUCAUGUUAAAGACCUCGUCCUUGAACUUUGCUGUAACGAUGACGAUGGUGAGGAUGUAGAGAUUCCAUACGUCCGCUACUCCUUCCGUGAUCACUGAAAGUGGUUUAAGCUCGCACGGUCAAAACGCAAGAUACAGUAAAUUUUCAUUUAGUUUAGAUAAAUCUAUCAUUUUCGUUUGUAGUUCUUUGUGUAAAAGAUGCAGGAAAUAAAAAAAGCCGGUACACUAAUUA